GACUCAUACGCUCAUUAUCAUUUAAUUUUUGCAUGAUCAUUUUUUUAAACAUGAAUCAACAAUCCUAAACACAUUUUUUUUUUUUCACACACAAAAAAGGAACAUUUAUAGAAUGUCUAGAACUCCAAAUAGCAAUUCCAUUUCCAUAAAUCUCUUCAUCACCCUUUCUUUCUUUGUAUUAGCUAGCUAUAGCAAUGUCGUCGUCGAUGCCUCGCCAACAAAUUUAAACAACGGAAGUAGUUUGCGGGGAAUGUUCAUUUUUGGGAGCUCGAUUGUUGAUAAUGGAAACAACAACAAUUUGUUUGGUAAUUUUGCGAAGGCCAAUUAUCUACCAUAUGGUAUUGAUCUUGCAUUGGGUCCAACCGGUCGAUUUUCGAAUGGAAAGAAUGUAGCCGAUCUUAUUGCCGAUCACCUUAAGCUUCCUCUUGUUCCACCCUUCUCUGAUCCUAAUGCUAAGGGUCAAUCUAUUGUUCAUGGUGUUAAUUUCGGGUCCGGUGGUCCGGGCAUCCUUGAUGUAACUGGUGUUUUACUGGGUGUUACAAGUAUGAACAAUCAAAUUAAGAAUUUUAAGAACAAGAUUUUGCCUCAAUUGGAGACCGAAAUUGGGCGUAAAGCACACAAAAUACUUCCUGAAUACUUGUUUUUGGUGGGAGCUGGAAAUAACGAUUACUCUUCCUAUUACCUCUUGCACGAAAACAUCAUUUGGACUCCAGAAGUCUUUGCUGCUAAGCUUAUCAGUAACUUGUUUGCCCAACUCAAGGAGUUAUAUGAUUUGGGAGCCAGGAAAUUCUUGUUAUUAUCGGUGUAUCCAGUUGGGUGCAAUCCUGUUUUAGCCAAAAACAAAAAAAAUUGCGUGAAAGAACUGAAUGCAGCUGUAAAUUUAUAUUAUGAUCAACUGUUGAUUAUGGUUAAACGUAAGAACGACCAACAUAUGCCUGCUGCUCAAUUUUCUGUCGUCAAUUCGGCCAAAAUCAUCAAUGGCAUGAUACAAAAUGCAAACGCAUCAGGUUUCACAAAUGUGGAUUUUACUUGUUGUGAUACAAGCAUGCUGGGAGGACUUUGCAAGAAGAAGGGUAAAGUUUGCCCAAAGAGGAAUGAAUACGUUUACUUUGAUGGCUUGCACCUUACCGAAGCUGCCAAUGCUAUCCUUGCAACUAAAGCUUACAAUUCCAUUGAUAGCUCUCAAGUUUUUCCUGUUAAUCUUGAAAAGUUGGUCCAAUUUUAAGACCAAGCUUUGCCUUUGCGAUCUUGUAUUUUUUUUUUUUUUUUUUCUAAUCAUUAUUUCGUGACAUUAUUGUUAUGCAAUAUGCAUGAGUUGGUGGAAUAAGAGUUAGUUUGUACAUAUUGGAAAUUUUGCAACAAUAGGAGUAUUUCCCCCCAUUUUUUUUUUUCAAUGUGUGAUCAUGUAAAGUAAACCGUUUUUUGUGGUUGGCAAAGAUAGUACACUGAUAUCCCAACAACAAAAAUAUAUUAUAAUUUCGUUUAAA